GUUAUGUGUCGCUUUGUCGCUAUGACGGCUCCGAAGUGCUUCGCGCUGGAGCUACGUUUGAGCUUCGCAUCCCUGAGCAGGACGGACUCCUUGACGAGCUUUCUGGGCGCUUUGUUUGCCUGAUGCUCGCCGAUCGUCCAGGCCUCUACGUUUGUGUAGAUAAAGAUGGCCGGCUGAACUUGCAGAAGUAUUCCUUCCAGGGCCGUGAAGCCUACUACUUCCAGCUCAUCCAUGAGGGCCCGGCUGCCCCUCUGGUCGUGGAUGUGGAGAGCCCGGUGCUCGACUCCCCAGAAGAUCGCCCUCCCGACCCCUCCCUGGGUGCCUUGCACCUCGGUUCCCUGGACCUCCUCCCCAGCUUUUCGCUGCCGGUCCCUGGAGACCCGCAGCUGGAGGAGGCGGUGAGAAGGGCCUUGGCCCUUGAAGACAUCAAGGCCAUGGACUUCGAUCCCGUGGACUGA